CAAAGGACAAACAAAGAAUUAUGAACCAUCACCACCUCCUCUUCCUCUUCUUUCUAUUUCUCUUCCCAUUUGUAACACUAACUCUCCACCACAAUGACACACGCGCGCUCACCCUCUUCCGCCGCACCACCGACUCACACGCCUACCUCCUCCAAAACUGGACCGGCCCCGACGCAUGCACCGGCGCGUGGCGGGGCGUGUGGUGCUCCUCGAAUGGGCGCGUCACCUCACUCUCCCUCUCUUCUCUCAACCUCCGAGGCCCCGUUGACGCUCUCACUCCUCUCACCCAUCUCCGCCUCCUCGACCUUCACGACAACCGCUUAAACGGCACCGUUUUGUCUCUUUUCUCCAACUGCACUAACCUAAAACUCCUCUAUCUCGCUGGCAACGAUUUUUCCGGCGAAAUCCCGCCGGAAACACCCUCCCCAAAAGGCCUCAUCCGCCUCGACCUCUCCGACAACAACAUUCACGGAAACGUUGACUUUCUCUCUAAUUUGACUAACCUCGUAACCCUAAGACUCCAAAACAACCUUCUCACAGGCCAAAUACCCGAUCUCUCUUCCUCCAUGCACAAUCUCAAAGAACUCAACAUGACAAAUAACGAGUUCUUCGGUCACUUACCUAACACCAUGCUCAACAAGUUCGGAGCUUCAAGCUUCUCCGGAAACGAAGCUCUAUGUGGUGCAACUCCAUUACCCGUUUGUUCCUUCACGACAACCCCUCCUUCUUCUUCUGAUAACGAUAACGACAACAACAAUGAACCAAAUCAAACGGUUCCUUCAAACCCAAGUUCAUUCCCAGAAACAAGCGUGAUUGCUAGACCGGGUAGUAAAAAACCACAUAAAGGGUUAAGUCCUGGUGCAAUUGUGGCCAUUGUGGUUGCAAACUGUGUAGCAUUGCUUGUGGUUACUUCGUUUAUAGUGGCUCAUUGUUGUGCAAGAGGAAGAGGGUCGAGUUCUAUAGUGGAGAGUAGUGAGAGUGGGAAGAGGAAGAGUUAUGGGAGUGAGAAGAAGGUGUAUGCAAGUGGUGGAGGAGAGAGUGAUGGGAGUGAUAGGAGUAGGCUUGUGUUUUUCGAUAGGAGGAGUGAGUUUGAGUUGGAGGAUUUGUUGCGUGCUUCUGCAGAGAUGCUUGGAAAGGGUAGUUUGGGAACUGUUUAUAGGGCUGUGCUUGAUGAUGGGUGCACUGUGGCUGUGAAGAGGCUUAAGGAUGCUAACCCUUGUGCUAGGCAUGAGUUUGAACAGUAUAUGGAUGUUAUUGGUAAGCUCAAUCAUCCUAACAUUGUUAGACUCAAGGCUUAUUACUAUGCCAAGGAAGAAAAGCUUCUUGUCUAUGAUUAUCUCUCUAAUGGAAGCUUGCAUGCUCUUCUUCAUGGGAACCGCGGUCCGGGAAGAAUUCCAUUGGAUUGGACUACUAGAAUAAGCUUGGUAUUGGGGGCAGCAAGAGGCCUUGCAAAGAUCCAUGCAGAGUACAGCUCAGCUAAAGUGCCUCAUGGGAACGUGAAAUCUUCAAACGUGCUUCUUGACAAGAACGGCGUUGCUUGCAUCUCUGACUUUGGACUAUCACUUCUCUUGAACCCCGUUCACGCCAUUGCAAGAUUGGGAGGGUACAAAGCACCCGAACAAGAACAACAGAAGAGGCUGUCUCAGCAAGCUGACGUGUACAGUUUUGGGGUGUUGCUGUUGGAAGUUCUCACAGGAAAAGCUCCUUCAUCACAGUACCCUUCACCAGCUCGUCCAAGAAUGGAUGAAGAAGAACAAAGCGUUGAUCUUCCCAAAUGGGUUCGCUCAGUUGUGAAGGAAGAGUGGACUGGAGAGGUGUUUGACCAAGAACUCUUGCGCUACAAGAACAUUGAGGAAGAGCUUGUGUCAAUGCUGCAUGUUGGCUUGGCUUGUGUGGCGGCACAGCCAGAGAAUAGGCCAACUAUGGCACAAGUUGUGAAGAUGAUUGAGGAUAUUAGGGUGGAGCAAUCUCCUCUUGGUGAGGACUAUGACGAAUCCCGCAAUUCACUUUCACCUUCAAUUCCCACCACUGAAGAUGGUCUAGCUUAG